GGGGGGUUGUGUGUGUAACGCAUGCGAUGAGGAGGCCGUGCUGGCUGCGGUGACCGGCGUCCAAUAGGUUAUGCAGUAAAAAUGGAGACUUCAGAUGAGGAAAACUUUGGUAUCGCCAUCUCCUCCCCUUCUGAUGCAGAGUUUGAUGCUGUUGUUGGGUAUCUGGAGGAUAUUAUAAUGGAUGAUGAUUUCCAGCUAAUACAGAGGAGUUUUAUGGAGAAGCACUACCAGGAAUUUGAUGACUCAGAGGAGAACAAGCUCAUCUAUACUUCUAUUUUUAAUGAAUACAUUUGUUUAGUAGAGAAAUACAUUGAAGAAAAACUGCUGGAUCGGAUUCCUGGUUUUAAUAUGACUGCAUUCACAAUGACACUGCAACAGCAUAAAGAUGAAAUGGCAGGUGAUAUAUUUGAUAUGCUUCUCACAUUUACUGAUUUCCUGGCUUUUAAAGAAAUGUUCCUGGAUUACAGAGCUGAAAAAGAAGGCCGAAGUCUGGAUUUAAGCAGUGGGUUAGUGGUGACAUCAUUAAACAAAUCAUCGAUAUCCUCCUCCUAGAAGAGUUCAUGCAAUAGCUUUCCUCUCCAGAUGAGUGCUAUUGCUUUCAUUUGGACAUUAAAACACUAAAGGUCAUGAGAAUCAAGGUGCUUUUAUGUGAUGAAAACUAACUCAUUUUUCAGACUAUGCCUUCAAAGGCCUAAUCCUAGAAACCUCUGUUUGUGAAUUCCAGGUGGUAUUCAGUGACUACAGCAGAAUAAAAUUUCAGCUCUACCAGAGUAACUGUUUUUAAUAAAUAUAUACCACCAAUACACCAGCCAAACUAAUGCUGGUGUAUAUACACCAUGCUAUACAUGCUAUACUCUACAUGCUGAGAAGCUCAGCACUCUCAGAAUGUGGUAAAUAGGACUAUAUGCAUGUUGUUUAGAUUGGCAUUGUAAGCAUCUCCCCAAGGUGUAAUGCUUCUCAGAUUCGGCAAGGCAGCGUAAAGAAUAUGCUUGUCCUACUCUGGGAAAGACAGGUAUGAAUAUAUGAUCUCUGAGUCUCUCUCCCUCAUCACUUUUUUAAAUUUAUACUUCAGUUUAAUGUGAUCUGAAAUGGUCCAGCUUCCUAAAGAAAAAAUAUGUUUUACCAUGUAAAUGUUCUAGCCUGAGACUGCCGCUCAUUUCUUUGAUAAAUGAUAUGUUAGUGUGUAAAUCUGUUUGACCUUUGGCUUUUAUAAGUGCCAUCCUUAAUACACAAAGUUCUCUACUUCACUUUUUUUCAGGUCCCAGCUAACCUACAUUGCAAAAAGAGCCAUAAUAAACUUAAAUCUUGCCUGUAGUAUGGAAUUUCUUACCUUCUUUUCAGCAGUGGUGUAUUUGCAUCAUUUCUAGUUACAUAAGCUUGAUAGUAAAUCAGGCACAAGCAUGUUUACCACCAUUUAAUGUUCUAAUUAGCAUGCUAACUAAAGUACACGUGUUUCCUAAAUUAAUGCUUAAACUGCUGGCAAUAUUAGUGUAGCAGUGCCUUUUUCAACAUCCAUUGGAAAAUGGAUGAAUUGCUUGCUGGUAGAGCUGUAGCUGUAAGCCUUCCAUGGUCGCAAAACCCCAGAUGCAGCUCUGUUGACAGUUGGAAUUAUGUGUUUGGAGCUGCAGUGACCUUCUCUUCUUAUGCUGUUCAGACACACUAAUCCACUGCUUAAUGACAUGCUCAGGCAAUGUGAGUACAUCCUUAAAAAUGUAAGAGUAGAUUGCUCGUGAUCCUGGAGAAGGAAUUAUGAGCAGAAUCCCUCUGUUCUGUUCUACACGAGGUUUACACAGUUGAGGAAGAUCAACAGCAGUGAAGCUGUUGAUCAGUAGCUGUCACCCAACAAGAACAACGUAGACAGAGCAAAAUUGCAGUUGGGCCAUUAUAGAUUUGUGUUUAUGGGCAGGAAAUGCCGUACCAGGGCAAAUGAAAUGAAAUCCUGUUCGUGAUGACUUCUGUCACUGAUUUCAAAACAAUUAGCCUAGAAUUUUUUCUGCAACUGAAAUAGUUUUUUGCAUGCUACUGAAGACUUCCAGCCACAUGGGCAAAAAUGCACCAUAUUUACUACCAAAUUAGAUAAAAUUGAACAGGCUUGUGGUGAGAUGAUAAUGAUUUGUAGACACUGACUAAUAGUGCUAAGGAAAGCGUAGUAUCCUGGUAUUUCGCCUGUCCUUAUCUGUACCAAAUUUAAGAAUGCAGCAGUAAUUAAUCUCAUUAGGUUUCCAGUGUGUUUUGCUAAUUGCUCUACAGUUUUCUGACUGGAAUUGUUCUAAUAUGUUGAAAUCUCCCUGAUUUAUACACAUACACAUGCUUCCCUUUUUUUUUUUUUUUUUUUUUUUAAAAAAAAGUCUACACCUUCAGGAUUAUUAUUUUUCUUUUUUCCAAUAAAUUGUUUUCUCUGGUCAGAUUUGAAUGCUAAACAAGCUGAAGCAAAAUUUAAAAUUGCAAAAAGUCUGCAGAAAAAGUGGAAGAGAGAAAAGGAGAUUAAAAAACGUUCUUACUUGGAUAUCCUUCUGCAUAUAUUUUGGUCAAAAGCAAUCCUGUAUGCUUUCUAUUCAGCUGAACACUGUGCAAGCUCAAUUCAACUCUGUUUCCAGCCUCUAUGAUAUGCUAAGGCAAUGAGUGUAUCCCUAAAAAUGUUAAAUUUCAAUAUUAUGUUUUGAAAAACAUGUUCCUGAUCCUGCUGACAGCAGUGAAGUCAGCAAAGCUGUCAGUUGGGGUUGUCCCACCAGGAUUCAGUUUUUUACAGGUGGUAAACUUUGCUGUAAAUAACAGCAUUUUCCUUGAGCUUGGAUGGCAGUGCUCUCGGCAGCACGCAGUUAGUGAGCACAGAGAAUAUUUUGAGUUAUUUAUUCCCGGGAAAAAAAGAAAAAAAAAGAAGAAAAAGAAAAAAAAAGAAAACACUAGGUCACAUUUUUAAUACAGGCUGAAUGCAAUUCCUCUCCCUUCUCAGUCAUAAGGUUAAAAUGAGAGAAAUUUAAAGCUUGAACCUAGUUGUUUUUCUAUUGUCAGUGUAUGGACUAAAGUUCUUUUAUUAACUUUUUUCUUGUAUGUAUGUAAUACUGACUGACUUUUAAAUGUCAGGAACAGAUUUUAUCAACUUUUAAAAGAAUCCUACUGACGUAUUUUAAUUCACUGUUUUGUGUUGAACUAAAGUAAUUGCAACUAAAACUAAAAAUACUCCUGUCACUUUUUACUGUAAAAGUUUUAAUUAUUUUCCUGUUACCAUUGCUCCAGUUAAUUAUUGGAAAUAAUGGCAGUAUAAAUGAAUACCUCAAGCAGUUAUUUUCCUGAGUGGAAUGCUUUUGUAUUCACCGUCACUUGUCAUUUCAGAGUCUGCAAGGCACAAUUUUGGAUGAAUUCUCAUUUUGACGGAGAAUAGUAUCUAAGUGUUUGCUGUAUACCAAAGUGUCACUGUUUCACAGAUAUGUGGUGCUUCAUUUCUUGCUUUUAAUACAUCUGUGCUAUGAACUUUUCUUUCUUACCUCACUGGUUCACUGUUUAGCUUUGUCAGAUUAUUGUGUAAAAUAACGUAAGUAACAUGUUAAAAUGGUUUUAUCUGUUUAGUUGUAAGAAGAGGACAUAGUUGACCUAUUUAUAUUAUUUGUGCAAAGGGGAAGUCUCUAAAUCCAUUGGUUUGAACAACCUUCAUGCAGGUGUACGUGCUCCUUGUAAAUAGUCAGGUGUAUGACGGUGGCAAUUCAUGCAGAAGUUUUGUUUGGAGGUGGAACUCCCUUUUCACUGAAAUUUUAGGUCACAGUCUUUCCACCACUAAAAUUUGCAACAGAGCUGUCCCAGCUUGACUGGAGCUAUUUAGACCAAAUCCUUUCUGUUUCUGUACCAGUCUCAUGAAUGUGCCUUGUCUUCUCUCUGUACAUUUUCUGUGGUCUGGUGUUCCUGGUAUAGUUAAUCUCUGCAACAUUUCUAAAGCUAGUUUUCUGUCUUGAUGCUUUUCCACCUGAUAGAGGGCCUUUUUAAAGAAAUUAAAUUUCUAUAUAUUGUGGACUA